AUGACAAGAGGACUAAGUAAGAAACAUCAACAGUCAUCACAGCAAGAUAAAGAUAUCGGUAUUGAUGUACACCAAUUGGCAAGACAAAUAUUUCAAUCAAAAGAAUUUAUUGAGGGCGUAUCAAGUUUGAUUAAAAAAGCUAUUGCACCUUUACAACAACGUAUCAAAUUACUGGAAGAUCGUUUAGAAAAAUUAGAAUCAAGUCAUAAUCAUUUAGCUACAUAUGAUCGUCGUUUAAAUCUUCGAAUACAUGGAAUUCCAGAAGUACAAGGCGAAAAUGUCGAACAACUGGUGAUUGAUACAUGUUCAAGUAUAGGUGUCAAUAUUACAUCUGGUGAUAUUUCUGUGUAUCAUCGUUUAAAGAUCGUGACCUCAAGGAAAGUACCGGAUUGCUCUGUUCUGUUUCGAGAAUUGGAUUGUUUCGUUUUGGGGGAAGAAUAUUGA